AUGCUUACUGCUUCAGAAGGGCCUUUUCGACUUGGUUUCAGUAGCUUUCCUGAUCUGUCCAAGUACCGCAACGGAAGCAUUCAUUAUGAAUAUUGGUUGGAAGAUGAUGAUGAGACCCAACAUGGCCCUAUUUUGAGGUCAUUUAAAAGAGGAUCUCCGGGAUAUUGUCCAGAUGUGUGGUCUUACUCCAUAAAGGAGUUUCCCUUGAGGGAACUUGCUGUAAGACAUGGCAUUUCUCAGUACUGGGCUCUUCCAAUUUGCCAACUUGAUGGCUCUCCCCAGCUGCAGCAUUGUUUUGGAGUACUCGAAUGCGUAGCAGGGACAACCUCGUCUUCACUUGUAACGGCAUUUGAUAGGAUCUUUAAUGCGCUUACGCCUUUAGGCCUUACAUGUCCAGGUUCACAUCCCAACAAAUGCUACAAGCUUGAUAUACAAGACAAAGCUGAGACUUUCAAGACUCUUUUUGCGGACACAACUUUAGACGAUGUGAUUCAGCAAUGCGGUAAAAGACUUGAAGAUGCCGCAGCAGCACUUGUAGUAACUGGACCUACUCUGACAUGUGUACCAAAUACAUCUUCUGAGCCUGUAGAAGGUGAGUUUAAGGAAUCCGAGAUCAAAUGCUAUCCUAACAUCAAUUUGGCGGAACAAGAGGCUGUGGCCGGGAAUUCUGUUUCCACAGGUACUGCAAAGGGUACAAAUAUUCAAAGGGGUAAUAACGAGACAGAUGACAUUUACACAAUGAUUGUUAGGGCAACCUUCAAAGAGGAUACCGUAAAGUUUCCAAUCAGUAGUGACUCGGGGAUUGAAGACUUGCGCAGAGAAUUGGAUGAAAGCUUCGAACUAAUAGGUGAGAAGUUCAAAAUCAAGUACGUGGAAGAAGGUGGUUGGAUUAUGAAGGCUCGCAACAAAGAUUUACGGUAUCAUAUGGAUACUUUGAGAUCAUCAGGGAAAAAUGUAAUGAACCUGUCAGUUUUUCCUUCAACAUUGUGA